UAAUGAUCCCGAAUCCGUUGAAUCUUCACGAAAAGCGGCGAGGUUGGUACUGCUCGAUAAUGUAGGGCUUGCGUGCUACAUGGAAAAUACGGAUCCUAAUGGAGAACCGAUUUUGACUGCAGCUAAUUGUACGUAUAUCAAGAAGAAGUCCGAAGAAGAAAUGGACAUUACAGGUAGUAAAUUGCAACACAUUUUUGCAACGUUAAACGUGGUAAUGCACGAAAAGAAUGCUUUCGAAUUUUUGGAAACGGAUUUCCUACUGUCUGCAUUGGGAUUAUAUGUUUUACCACAAUUUAGGGGACAAGGUCUGGGAUUGGAACUUUUAAAUGCCAGAAUGCCCGCCGAAAGUGCUAGAUGGCCGAGACCAGAAACAAUACCGUAUCCUAACGUUUGGAAGCGUUUCAAGGGUCGCAAAGAGAUUAACGGAGUGAUACCAUCAUUUUGGAUACAAGACGUACCAGAAGACGAAUUUCAAAACGUCGUCAACUGCAUGGUUGAACGCUUCUGUACGGAAGAACCACUUACCAAGUAUUCUGGCAUGCUUAAGGAUCCGAAAUCGGUUGAGGACAUGAGAAAUUUGUGGAUUUACAUGUUGCAUAACAGAGUGGGACUUGCAUGCUACAAGGAGAAUUCAGAUCCCCGUGGAAAACCCAUUUUUGCAGGUGUUAAUUGUAUGCAUAUCAAAAAGAAACACGAACCGGAAUAUAAAUUUUCAGGUACAACCGUACUCCAAAUAUUUGGAACGUUAGUCGCGGCGGCUAACAAAACAGACCUUUACGAAUUUUUUGGAACAGACGCAUUUCUUUCGUCUUUGGGAUUGUACGUGCUUCCCGAAUUUAGGGGGCAAGGUAUAGGACUUGAAAUGUUGUUGGCCAGGCAAGAGAUGUGCAAAGCUCUUAAAGUUAAAGCUGCCAUAACGUUAUUCACAUCGACCGUUUCUCAAGUGUUAGCGGAGAAAGCUGGAUACAACGUUUUGAAUGAAAUUUCAUACGCAGAUUUGAGGGACGUUUAUAAAUUUGACUAUCCCGGCGCCGAGGAAAAGCACAAAUCUGUAAAGUACAUGUAUGUUUUGUACAAAUAAAUCCACCGUCAGUAUUGAUAGGUCAGCAAUUAAAUAUUAUUGUUACAUUGUAAUACUGUAGCAUAUAGAACGCAAGAGGUAUGACUAGAACAAUUUAUUUAAAAGCGCAGAAGAAAAAAGGAUUGAGCGACACUCAAAUUAUGGUUCAAGUUUUAGUAAACAUUUCUAACCAAUAACAGUAGUCACUAACUGGAAACCGUGUACAUGCUGUACUGUACCUCAAUUUAACUGCAUGCUUAGUAAAUUAUGUUCCUUCCUUUCUUUCGUUAAUUAUUGUAUUAAUUUGUGUACAGUGUGAUAAUAAUAGUAUCUAUACCAGUCA